GUUGUUGAUAAAUGUGUGUCUUUGGUCCCUUUUUUUUAAUUUAUUAGGAAUCGACCAAAAUAAUAUCACUCGGUGAUUGAUCAGAGUCACUUGUUGUUUGUUGUGGUUCAUGUCUCUGAAAAAUCACAUGAAAUGGGUCUUUGCUUUUCAUGCUUCUUCUCUCCCAGCUCCACCAGCUUCCGCAAUCAUGCAGUAUCAAACAAUCACAGCAGCAGCACCGGAACAGAGUUCUCGUCGGCGACUGCGACGACAACGACGAGCAGCAGCGGCGCCGGUGGACGGAGCCAGAUCUCGGAGGGGGAGAGCUCCGUCUCUGGCGUCGGGACGAGCGAUUCCGGUCAGAUACUGGAGACACCGAAUCUAAGAAUAUAUAGUUUCUCCGAUCUGAGGACAGCGACGAGGAACUUCGGACCAGAGAUGGUGUUGGGUCAAGGAGGGUUCGGCAAAGUAUACAAGGGCUGGGUCGAUGAGAUAACACUGUCUCCUUCGAAGGUGGGUUCCGGCAUGGCCGUCGCUGUCAAGAGACUGAACUCUCAGAGCCUUCAAGGUCUCGCCGAAUGGCGCUCAGAGAUCAACUUCUUGGGGAAGCUCUCGCAUCCAAACCUGGUGAAGUUGCUGGGAUACUGUUGGGAAGAUAAAGAGCUGCUCCUCGUUUAUGAGUUGAUGCCGAAAGGCAGCCUUGACAAUCAUCUUUUCCGACGGAAUGCCGGGGUUGAACCGUUGUCUUGGGACACAAGGCUCAAGAUUGCAGUAGGCGCAGCUCGCGGACUCGCGUUUCUUCAUGGCUCGAACCGACAAGUCAUCUACCGUGACUUCAAAGCCUCUAAUAUCCUCCUCGACUCGGAUUAUAAUGCGAAGAUAUCGGAUUUUGGGCUGGCGAAACGAGGGCCUUCGCCCGAGAAAUCACACGUUACGACACGGAUCAUGGGCACCUACGGCUACGCUGCUCCCGAAUACAUGGCCACAGGUCAUUUGUACGUGAAGAGCGACGUGUACGCGUUCGGGGCGGUUCUACUGGAAAUGAUGACGGGACUGAGAGCACACGACACGAGACGAGGAGACGGGAAACAGAGCCUGGUCGAGUGGCUAAGACCAAGCCUCUCGAGCCGAAGCAAGCUGUUGCGUGUAAUGGAUACGAGGAUCAAAGGCCAGUACUCUUCCGACUCCGCCACCGAGUUGGCUCGGAUCACUCUCUCCUGUCUCGAGCUCGACCCAAAGAAACGCCCUCACAUGUCGCAAGUCCUCCGCGUUUUGGAAAACGCCCGCCGCAUCAACGUUCCCAAACGCACCGCUCCAAACGCUUCUCCGCGUUCCGCCGCCGCACCGCCGCAAACGCAUGGCCAUCGGUAUAGAUAUCAAGCGGCUGCUGCCGGCGGUCAUCGGCGUUCUCCGGCACGGAGGGAUUUCAGCCUUCCGCCGUCGGCGUAGCCUCGUCGAUCAACUACUACUCUUUCUUUUCUUCUAUGGAUAUUCAUUCUUUGGAAAUUUUAUCGUGUUUAUAUAUUUAUGUAUUAGUCUAUCAUAUUUUUAUUUAAUUAAAUUAUUUUUAUAUAAAACUUA